GCGUGCUGCAUUGCGCCGUUCCCAUAACCAUUGUGAUACUGGUUGAGAUCAUAUCGCGGCGAUGGGUAUUGCACCGAUGCGCCGUUCAUUGCAUGCAGUGCUGCAGGAUAAUGGGUUUGCUGCUGCUGUUGCUGCUGCUGCUGCUGCAUAGCCGUUUGUAUCGCGACGGAUGCAGGCAGAAGCGAGCUUGGCUGGCUGCGGGCCUUACCAUUAACUUUUGGAUGUUGCGCGCUAGAUGUAUAUGGAUAAUGCUCCUGAAGAGGCUGCGGUCACGACAGCACCACUUGCGUGCACACCUCAGUUUGGGUACACUACGCGGAGAACCACAGAGCCACCGGCCUCUGCGCCCUCCCCACUAGCAUGCGCUCGCUCUCCACCCUGAACGCCCCCCGGCCAUGGGGCUGUCACCACGCUAGUGCCAUGAGUUCCCAUGUAGCGAAUGAGAAGAGCCGGCUUAACAUUACCUUAAGCGAGGUAGGC